CGGGCGAGCGAGGGCGGCGGUGGUCGGAGAGGAGGCGCCGAGGGGAGGGAAGCGAAGAAGGAGAGGCAGCCGGGGGGAGAAGUCUCCCACCUCCUCCUUCCCCUCACCGGCACCGCCUCCUCGGCGCUCCCCAGUGCCGGGGUGCCCGGGUGGGGCGGCGCUCCCGCUCCCUGCCGGGGGUCGGCGCGGCCGGAGCAGGCGGGGAUCGCGGCCGGUGCCGUGCGGAGGGUUGUCAACUGCUGGAUGCUGGGAGGUGUCACAUAGGAGCCAUUGGCCCACAGAUUGGAACAGUCCAGUCCUUAUCCUGCUAGUGUGCAAACGGCUUGGAAACCUUGUUCUGUCCUCGAAGCUGUAUUGUCCAUCACCAUAUGGGAUAAGGAUUUCCUCCGAUGUGUUUUUUCAUCCCCCAAGUAUCUCUGAAACCAACAAGUCUGGGGUUAUGAAGUCAAUUCUAGAUGGCCUCGCAGAUACAACUUUCCGAACAAUCACGACAGAUCUCCUUUACGUGGGCUCCAACGAUAUCCAGUACGAAGACAUGAAAGGCGACAUGGCAUCCAAGCUGGGGUACUACCCCCAGAAGUUCCCUCUUUCUUCCUUCAGGGGUGAUCCUUUCCAAGAAAAAAUGACUGGAGGAGAUGAUUCCCUGUUGAGCAUUAUUCCCUCAGAGCAGGUGAACAUCACAGAGUUUUACAACAAGUCCCUGUCCACUUUUAAGGAUAAUGAGGAGAAUAUACAGUGCGGGGAGAACUUUAUGGAUAUGGAGUGUUUCAUGAUCCUGAACCCCAGCCAGCAGCUGGCCAUCGCCGUGCUGUCGCUCACCCUGGGCACCUUCACAGUCCUAGAGAACCUCCUCGUCCUGUGUGUCAUCCUCCACUCCCGAAGCCUCCGGUGUAGACCCUCCUACCAUUUCAUCGGCAGCCUGGCUGUGGCCGACCUCCUGGGCAGCGUGAUUUUUGUCUACAGUUUUGUGGAUUUCCAUGUUUUCCACCGGAAGGAUAGCCCCAACGUCUUCUUGUUCAAACUGGGUGGAGUUACAGCCUCCUUCACCGCCUCUGUAGGUAGCCUUUUCCUCACGGCAAUAGACCGGUACAUCUCUAUACACAGGCCGCUAGCGUAUAAAAGGAUUGUUACCCGACCAAAGGCUGUCGUAGCAUUUUGUGUGAUGUGGACCAUCGCCAUCGUAAUAGCCGUUCUUCCUCUGCUCGGCUGGAACUGCAAAAAGCUCAAUUCUGUUUGUUCGGACAUAUUCCCCCUCAUCGAUGAGACGUACCUGAUGUUCUGGAUCGGGGUCACCAGCGUCCUCUUGUUGUUCAUUGUCUAUGCCUACAUGUACAUUCUGUGGAAGGCUCACAGCCACGCUGUUCGCAUGUUGCAGCGAGGCACGCAGAAAAGCAUAAUCAUUCAGUCGACGGAGGAUGGUAAGGUACAGAUCACUAGGCCUGAUCAAACUCGUAUGGACAUCAGGUUAGCCAAAACCUUGGUCCUUAUCCUAGUUGUUUUAAUCAUAUGCUGGGGCCCUCUCCUCGCCAUCAUGGUGUACGAUGUCUUUGGGAAAAUGAACAAGCUGAUCAAGACUAUCUUUGCCUUCUGUAGCAUGCUCUGUUUGCUGAAUUCAACAGUGAAUCCCAUCAUCUACGCUCUGAGGAGCAAGGACUUGCGACAUGCCUUCCGCAGCAUGUUUCCCACCUGCGAAGGGACCGCGCAGCCCCUGGAUAACAGCAUGGAGUCUGACUGCCAGCACAAACACGCCAACAACGCGGGGAACGUGCACAGGGCUGCCGAGAGCUGCAUUAAGAGCACAGUUAAGAUUGCCAAAGUUACCAUGUCUGUCUCCACAGACACAACUGCUGAAGCGUUGUAAGUCAGAGACUUCUCAGCGUUGUGAGAAAAGAAAUUUAAGUUUAAAAAAAAAUAAAAAUUUUAAAAAAUCAACAACAGAGAAAAACCAAACCCAUGGCUUAACGUGUUUGUACCCUUCUGUAAUAUUUUUUGGUUUGUCAUUGUAAGCUGAGCAAUGAUUGUGUUAAGAGCAUUACCGUCAGCCAGUUCUUCAGGUUUUACAAUUAGGGAUUCUAGCUAAAUUUUCACAAGUUUUUCUCAAAAGGUGUUUACUGAAUAAUAAUGUUUCCUGAAAGAGCACAGAGAAAAUGCCAGAUUAGCAAUCAUUCCUUUGGGGGUGUGAAGAAUUGUGAAACCUAAUUGAAAAAUAACACAUCCUAAACCAAUAUCAUCAGAUAAGAAAAAACGCCUUGUAAUCAUGCUGUUCAUUUCAAUGUGAAAUGUAUUUCAUGUCUGUAAGUAAUAGGAGUUUCUGAUCUUUUCCAAAAGCAGUGCUGAGUUUAGAGGUUUUGUAAAAUGUGUCGUGUCCUGUGAAUUGUGUGCUGUUUUAUUAUGUGUUAUUGAUAUUUGUCUGAUUAAAAAAAGUGAUAAGGUAGAAUUCCGUGGAAAUAACGUGAAACGUGAUAUGUAAACCCCAUUGAAAACACUUACUGUAUUUGAAGAAUUCCUAUGAGAUAUUUUGGAAAUUUUACACUUUUAGUGGUCUUCUGUGGACUUAGAAGAGAGGCUUUGUGUUCUUCUACUAAAAUUAUUUCCCCACUACCUUUUACUUUCACAUGCAUAUGAGACAAACAGCAACAGAGGAAUAGAGGAGGAAUGUGAGAAAGGAAUGCACUGGUUCAGACUUUUAAAUACCACUGCGUUUAUACAGAAGGAUGUUUCUGGUUGCACAGACUACUGCCCUGCUCUUGGGCGUUGCGUGAAUACGAACACUGAAAAGCAAGGGUCCUGGAUUUUGGCUCCUUUAGUGGGCAUCUGGUUUUAAGCCAUGUGCUGGUUUUGGACCACUGAAGACAGCAUGUGUCAGACUCAAUGUGCGAUGUUAUCACUGUGCAGUCGACGUAUACUUGAAGUGUGUCACAUUCCUGUAUCCCAGGUCUAAGCAGAUUCAGAGCCUGAGAUGCCAAACUCUCGUCUUCACUAAAAGAGGAGGAAAUAUU